CUGGAUUGGAUCUGACGGAGCAAGUGACAAUGUAGCGGAGUCUGGCUUUCACGUCGGAGUUGGAAAAUAUUGCAUCAAAUUAUACAAACUUUUAUGUAGUUUUAUAAUUCACAUAUAUUUGUGAUGAGUAGGUUAUGUGUUCACUGGACAUAAGAGGAGUACUAAGAUUGGCUUUCUGUGGGAGACUGACUCAAAAUUACUUUCCUUGAGUUAUUGGAAGGCUAUGAUUACUUUUGCUUGGACCUUGGAGGGCUCUCUGAAAACUGCCACCUUCACAUGUAUUUCCGUUUUCUAACAUGCAACAACAACACUGUGUAAGGUUCUGGCCUGCUGGUUCAUGCGGCUCCAUUCCAGCCUUCUCUGUGCUCUGACCACAGCACCCGCCGAGGCCCUCAAGCACAUAAAUGGUAGCUCCACACAACUCCAACCCCUGACACACUCUGUACAAUAAAAUAUUUAGCAAAUAAAGACUGAAAGAAAGUUGAACAGGAAAUUUAAGCAGCAAAAGAGAUUUUCCGUCUCUCAGGCCUCCCUUGACUUGGCAUCCGUAACCGGACUGGGAGUUGAGACAGCUGAUUUGAGGCUGUGAGUGUCCUCCCAUCUACUGCUUCACAUUCCCUCACCUGUCAGCUGUGUGUGUUUCUGUGAGGACAGUAACUCUGAGGUAGGUUGAUGCGGCUGUGCCUUAGCAUGGCGCUGUGAGGAAGCCGCUGCCUGGACUCUGGACGGACGCCAGUGAAGCGCUUACACACCUUGGACCAUCAUGGGGAAGGAGCAGGACCUACUGCAGGCCGUCAAGAGCGGAGACCUGCCCUCCACUCAGAAACUACUGGCCAAGCUCAAAGCCAGCCGAAACAAGUUGUUGGGCUCCACGAAGAGACUGAACGUCAACUACCAGGAUGGAGAUGGGUUCUCAGCUCUCCACCAUGCUGCUCUGACCGGAACUACAGACCUGCUGUCUGUGCUGCUGGAGGCCCAGGCCACRGUMGARAUCAAGGACAGGAACGGUAUGCGUCCGCUCCACUAUGCUGCAUGGCAGGGCAAGGCUGACUCUGUCCUUAUGCUGCUGCGGGCCGGAGCUGGAGUCAAUGGGGUCUCACAGGAUGGACAUCCCCUGCACCUGGCCGCACAGUACGGACACUAUGACGUGUCUGAGAUGCUGCUGCAGCACCAGUCCAACCCCUGUCUGAUCAACAAAACCAAGAAGACCCCCCUAGACCUGGCCUGUGAGUUCGGUAGAGUCAAGGUUGCUCAGCUGUUGUUGAGCAGUAACAUGGUGGUGGCUCUGUUAGAGGGGAAUAGUAAGGAACCUGCAGACUCAGGCUUCAACACUCCGCUGCACCUCGCCGCACGCAACGGACACAAGGACAUCAUCCAGUUGCUGCUGAAAGCGGGCAUCGACAUCAACAGGGCCACUAAGGCUGGCACUGCCCUGCACGAGGCUUCCCUCUACGGCAAGACGGAGGUGGUCAGACAGCUGCUAGAGGCUGGUAUAGACGUGAACAUCCGUAACACGUACAACCAGACKGCCCUGGACAUCGUGAACCAGUUCACCACCUCUCACGCCAGCAAGGACAUCAAGCAGCUCCUACGAGAUGCUACAGGUGUUCUGCAGGUGAGAGCUCUGAAAGACUACUGGAACAUCCACGACCCCACCGCUCUCAACAUCCGGGCCGGGGAUGUCAUCAUGGUCCUAGAGCAGCACCUGGACGGGCGCUGGAAGGGGCACAUCCACGACAGCCAGAGGGGCACCGACCGGGUGGGCUACUUCCCCCCGAACAUUGUAGAGGUCAUCAGCAGACGCUCAGGGGGCACCCUGUCCCGGCACGCCUCUCUGCCCACCCAGCGCCACCAGCUCCUCUCCAGAGCCCCCCUCUCCUCCAGUCUGAGCUCAGCCCCCCAGACCGACGACUCCUACACACUGUACACCCCCAACAAUCCCCACCUGGCCCUCCCCCACGCCAUCGGCCUCGGCGCCAACCCAGGUCGGCCUCCCAGCAGCCUCUCUCAGCCUGGUUGUCCCCUGGAGGACAURUGGGUGCUCAGGAACUCACACACCGCGGCAGGUGACAGGAACAGUGUAGGGAGUACGGGCAGUGUGGGCAGCACCCGUAGUGCUGGGAGUGGACAGAGCACAGAGAGUAACACUGCCCCCAARGGACAACACCASCAGACCACCGCACUCCCAGACACAGCCAAACCAGCGCCCUCUGCUGGUGACUCAGGGCAAKCAGUCCCCAAUAAACAGCCUGACCUGACUGCAGUGGUUCUGGGUGCUCCUCGGAGGCCGAUGGUGAACAUACAAAGACCAGGGGAACAGCAGUUUGUCUCCCCACAGUUUGUACGUCCUCAGCAGCUACUGGAGGGCAAGGAUGCAGAGGCCAUCUACCAGUGGCUGAGUGACUUCCAGUUGGAGCAGUACACUGGGAACUUCAUCACGGCCGGCUACGACGUCCCCACCAUCAGCAGGAUGACCCCAGAGGACCUGACGGCCAUCGGUGUCACCAAGCCAGGCCACCGCAAGAAGAUCUCAAUCGAGAUAGGAAACCUCAGCAUCCCAGAGUGGCUGCCUGAAUACAUCCCGGCAGACCUGGGGGAGUGGCUGAGUACCAUAGGCCUGCCWCAGUACCAAAGGAAGCUGUCAGAGAARGGCUAUGACUCCAUCAGCAUCGUACGGGACCUGACCUGGGAGGACCUGCAGGAGAUAGGCAUCACCAAGCUGGGCCACCAGAAGAAGAUGAUGCUGGCCGUGAAGAAGCUGUGUGACAUKCAGAGGGCCAUCCUGGCUGCAGAAUCUGMCCAGGGCACGUUGCGCCGCAAGCCCCCUGGAGCCCUUCACCUGGUCACCAUCGAGCCCCCGGACAGCGCCUCCGACUGCCCCUCYCCCCAKACCCCCAAGAUGCUGACCUUCCWGGACAGCGAGCUGAGCGCUGAGCUGCAGACAGCCAUGUCCAGCCACUACCAGGAGGGCCUGGCCAUCAAGAGUGCCGUGGGCAUGUCUCGGAGCCAAGAGAGCAUCGACGCCCGGUCCAGGGGCUCAGGGCGCUCCCAGGACCCCCCCACGGCCUCCAUCACUCCCCACAGCCGCUCACAGGAGAGCCUAGGCAGCAGCAGCACCUCCACCAGCCUCAGUGCUGACAGCAGCCCUGCCAAGGAGAGGAACAUUCCAGAAGGCUGGGACCAGAGGUCCAUACUACAGCAGCAGCUUCCCAAGCAGGUCCCCCUGGGGGCAGCCACKYUGUUCAAGUACCCAGCCAUCCCAGCCAAGCCUAAAGGCCCRGGGUCUCACUCCCUAGGCUCCUCUCCCCAGGGCUCCCCGGCCCAGAGGGGCUUCAGCUACCUCCACUCCCACUGUGGCAGCARCGACCUGGGCCACGGCUCGCCCACCAAGCCCUUGGCACACACCUACCACGCCAUGACCCUGGCCCCGCCUAAGAAGCGCAGCCAGAGCCUGACACGCUAUGCCCUGUCAGACGGCGAACCAGARGAAGASGAUGACGACCUGGCUCCGCCKUCUAGRACCCUAGYGUCCUACGCCACCCUGACCCGCCGGCCCGGACGCAGCCAGCUGGCAGGCAUGCAGACCACACCCGUAAAGUACGGCACUGUGGGACGUAGCCAGUCCUUUGCCGUGCGCGCUCGUAAAAAGGGUCCCCCUCCAGCCCCGCCCAAGAGACUGAGCUCGGUGAGCAGCAGCCCCAGCGUUGGGUCCACUGAGAAUAUGGCGCCCUCUCCUGGGGGGGUGGAGACAGACAGCCCAGGMAGCGUGAGGAGRAUCGCAGCCUGUCUGGAGGCCUCCACUGAGGGGAAGAACCUGUCCAGGCCCAGGCUGGACCUCCUCCAACCAGAGCCUCCCCUCCCCAGCCUCACCCCCUCAGGACUGGAGCCCAGAGAGGCCUCCGCAGGGAUGAGGAGGAGGGUGCAGAGRGAAUYUGUUCCAGCCCAGACCGACAUCCCAGACCAUUACCCAGACCCAGAGCGAGGGGUGAAGUCAGACUCUGAGGAGGAGGAACCUAAGGCACCGGGGUUGGAUGGCUCCUCAUCCCCUCACAAUAGCUCCAGCGAGUGUAUCCCKUUCGCCGAGGAGGGCAACCUCACCAUCAAGCAGAGGCCCAAGGUYGGAGGGCCGCCCAGGGCCGAGAGCACUGUGGAGAUCCCGGCAGACAAGAACRGGCCCACCAAGACAGCCCUGGAGGUGCCUGAGUUUAACCUGAAGGAGUCAGACACUGUGAAGCGGAGAUACAAGCCUAAAGACCAUGCUGGCAGCUCUKCCACCAGUGACWYUGAGGGCCAGAUAGYGUCAGACUCCAGUCCAGGCAGCAGGCCCCAGUCRCAGAGCUGUGAGGAGGUGAGUCUGGUCAGUCUGAGGAUCAGUGAGGCCAGUCUGGAGGMGCUGGAGAACCUAGCAGUGACAGGCACACCCCUCAAACCCCCCGUCUCCCCCAAGCCUCACAGCUCCCACGGACCCCCCGUCACAGCCCCAAAACCGUCCCGACACAGUCUGGCUGCUGCUACAGGUAACUUAUUACACGUGGAAUCUCAUUAUUAUGUCUUUCUGUUUUUAUUAUCAAUUCUGAAUUUCUGCUUUUGCUUCCUGUCCAACAGCCAUWGUGCCGCCCACUAUGACUGUCAACGUGGUACAYAGUCUUGCCUUCUCAGCCCCACCAUCACCCACACCCAGCCGGUGUCCCCCAGCCCCAGGGCUUCAGWGCCAGGCAGCCCAGACAGGCAAGCCCCAGGUCUGUGUGGURGGCCCAGGCCCAGGYGUAGAGUCUGGCCCGGGGRUAGAGGUGGUGCAGCAYCAGAGGCUGGAGCAGACCAGCACCUCUCUGGAGGCAGCACUGCAGGCUGUGGAGAGAAAACUCACCCAGGAGGACAGCACUGACGGUGGGGCUAACACAYUGAAGUCAGCGGGCAACAUUCUGGAUGACAUUGGCAACAUGUUUGAUGACCUUGCUGACCAGCUGGAUGCCAUGCUGGACUAAGCCCUCUAUCCACUCCACUGACCAGCCUACUGACCCUUGACCCUUCACCUCAGGAAGUACUAAUGACCAUGAGAGGGAGAAUGGAGCAGGUCACCCCACCUAAGUGUUAUCUCCGACCCCGACYCCCUUAAAACUACAGACCAACCCCCACCACCAGACUAACAGAAAACAUAUGGGACUACAUUGUAGGAUGUGCCAUGGACUGGGAUGGUUUUAAUGAACAGUGUGGAUCCAUCUCCCUCCUCCCUGCCUCCAUGUUGCCCCUUCCUCUCCUUUCAACACCAGCACUUAACUCUGCUCUACAGUGCAUUGGCAUCAGUCACAACAACCCUGUUGGUUUCAACACAGGGCCUGACUGACUGACUGUAGAUACAUGAGGGGUGGACAACAUACUGUACCAGUACACCGUUGUAUUGGGUUGUUUCAUAUAACACGAGUUAAACUGUGUUGUCCUUUUUAUUCUACCCAACAUCCUCCAUUUCUUCGUCAUGUUGGUGUGCCUUUCUUUCCCUCCUUUCUCACAGUAUCCACCUCUGUGUAAAGUCAUUGUUUGGCCACUGUAGCAGUAGAAAGAGAGAGAGAGAGAGAGAGAGAGAGAGACAAUGGGGAGAAGUGUUUUUAUACUGUCCUAUAAAGGAACCAUUCCUAGACAGAAUAUUACCAUACACUACCAUUUGUAUUAGACGCUGUAUCUGUCAUUUGACCUUUGUAUUUCACUAUGUCUGACCAAUCAAUUGGACCUUGUUGAUAUUUUCAAUACUCUUGUAUUUUAUCCAUUUUCUACCAAGUUGACCACAAUGAAAGUGUGUUUGUGUCUUCCUCAAGGCAUGGUGCCAGUACGUUUGUGUCUUCCUCAAGGCAUGGUGCCAGUACGUUUGUGCUGUUAAUCUUUAGUAAUCAUUCUUUAGUAAUACAGAAUGACUAGAUGCUAUAUCAUGUCUGGUUUUAUGAAGCUAUGUAAAACAUGUAGAAGUGCUGGAUAAUAUUGUUUAUACAAAAGGGAAGAAGACCUUUGCUCGUCAAAGCAUAUUUAGCUGUCGUCACUGUCCACACUGUCAGUAUAAGGAGUUAUACGUGCUUUGUACAGCCGAGGGAUGACAUGCAAGAUAUUAAUAAUGUACACUAUUUUUGAAAGAAAAACAUUUUAAUGUAGAUUAGUCCAACUAGUAUUUAAAUUAGAGUAUCUAAAUAUGUAUAUUGUAUACUUAUAGGUAUAUCUGGGAGCAGAAUCAUAUUCAACCAAAGUUCUUUGUACAGAUUUUCCUUCAAUAUUUUCAAUAUUUCCAUAAAAUGCAGAACCAUUGUUAAGGGGUUCUGGUCUUCCUUAUUGUAACAUGAAUGAAAUUAAUUAUCUACAUGGUCAUCAAAAAUUGUCUGUUUUUUUCCCUGUCAAACAUGUUCCAUAUUUGGGCAUGCUACAGUACUUCUAGCAGGGGGAAUGAACUCUUCUAUGCUGUGUUUCUAUCUUCCUCAUGAACUUUCAAAUUAUUAACCCUGACUUGUAUGAUUGUGUAGUGUCCUCUGUACUGUAAAUGUUUGUGUCGUUUCAGUGUGAAUGUGAUCCCUGGCUGUAACCUGGGUUUCAUCUCUGUCGUUCUCAGGAAUGUCACACCUACUCAGUUCAAGCUGCUCUCACAUUAAACACGCACACCUGGCYUUUGUGUUAUGGAAGGAGGAACAGUGGUUUUGAAGAGGUGAGGUGAAGGAGAGCCUUGCGUGAAUGUGAAAGAGGUCUGUGUGUCUCAGACGGAACUGAGACCUGCUAGAGGCACCUUAUUUAAGAUGGGUCUGUGGAUAUAUGUUAUAUUGUCUUGAGUUAUCAACAUCUGUCCUUUUUCAUCCAGCUGGAUCUUCAUUUGGUUACAGUUAACCAUUAAAUAUUCAAGUCUGA